UCGCCGCUCGCUCGGGGCACCCUCAACAAGUGGCCGCCGCGCCCUCCCCUGGGAAGCCGCGGGCGCGCAAGGGCGCCGGGCGGAGGCGGGAGCCGGGGACCCCGGCCGCGCGCGCGGCUCAGCGCUCACCGCAGCGGGAUCGGGGCGGACGGAUGGGGACCCGGCGGCGGCGGUGCGGCGAGCCUCUGGGCGGCCCAGGGGCGCGGGCUCUCCGCGGCGCUGCGCCCGCUGGCCCUGAACGCGGAUUUUAAAAGCGGCUGCUCCCCCGGCCCCACCCGGAGCAAUUGGGGUGCGAGAGGGGACGAAGCGCCCCCUCCUAUCGGAGUGCAGGGCCCCCACCCAGGCCGGAGCUCGACCCCCGAGCGUGGGGUAUGCGCCGCUAACGGUCCCGUCGGGCGGGCUUUCCUCGGGCGGAGCGCGCAUGCGGUGCGCCCCAGCAAUGGAGUGUCCGGGGAGACGGCGGGCAUGACGGCUGCAGGAUGGGCGCGAACAAUGGCAAACAGUACGGCAGCGAGGGCAAAGGCAGCUCAAGCAUCUCAUCCGACGUGAGUUCCAGUACAGAUCACACGCCCACCCAAGCCCAGAAGAAUGUGGCUACUAGCGAAGACUCCGACCUGAGUAUGCGCACAUUGAGCACACCCAGCCCAGCCCUGAUAUGUCCCCCGAACCUGCCCGGAUUUCAGAAUGGAAGGGGCUCGUCCACCUCGUCAUCCUCCGUCACCGGGGAGACGGUGGCCAUGGUCCACUCGCCGCCACCCACCCGCCUCACGCACCCGCUCAUCCGGCUCGCCUCCAGGCCACAGAAAGACCAGGCCAGCAUCGAGCGCCUCCCGGACCACUCCAUGGUCCAGAUCUUCUCCUUCCUGCCCACCAACCAGCUGUGCCGCUGCGCCCGCGUGUGCCGCCGCUGGUACAACCUGGCCUGGGACCCGCGGCUCUGGAGGACUAUCCGCCUGACUGGCGAGACCAUCAAUGUGGACCGCGCGCUCAAGGUGCUGACCCGCAGGCUGUGCCAGGACACGCCCAACGUGUGUCUCAUGCUGGAAACCGUGACUGUCAGUGGCUGCAGGCGGCUCACGGACCGAGGGCUUUACACCAUUGCCCAGUGCUGCCCGGAGCUGAGGCGACUGGAAGUGUCCGGCUGUUACAAUAUCUCCAAUGAGGCGGUAUUUGACGUGGUGUCCCUCUGCCCCAACCUGGAGCACCUAGAUGUGUCAGGGUGCUCCAAAGUGACCUGCAUCAGCUUGACCCGGGAGGCCUCCAUUAAACUGUCCCCCUUGCAUGGCAAACAGAUUUCCAUCCGCUACCUGGACAUGACGGACUGCUUCGUGCUGGAGGACGAAGGUCUGCACACCAUCGCAGCGCACUGCACGCAGCUGACCCACCUGUACUUGCGCCGCUGCGUCCGCCUCACCGACGAGGGCCUCCGCUACUUGGUGAUCUACUGCACCUCUAUCAAGGAGCUGAGCGUCAGUGACUGCCGCUUCGUCAGCGACUUUGGCCUGAGGGAGAUUGCCAAACUGGAAUCCCGCCUGCGGUACCUCAGCAUUGCCCACUGUGGCCGCGUUACCGAUGUGGGCAUCCGCUACGUGGCCAAGUACUGCAGUAAGCUGCGCUACCUCAACGCGAGGGGCUGCGAGGGCAUCACGGACCAUGGCCUGGAGUACCUCGCCAAGAACUGCACCAAACUCAAGUCUCUGGACAUCGGCAAAUGCCCUCUGGUCUCCGACACGGGCCUGGAGUGCCUGGCCCUGAACUGCUUCAAUCUCAAGCGGCUCAGCCUCAAGUCCUGCGAGAGCAUCACGGGCCAGGGCUUGCAGAUCGUGGCAGCCAACUGCUUCGACCUCCAGAUGCUGAACGUCCAGGACUGCGAGGUGUCCGUGGAGGCGCUGCGGUUUGUGAAGCGCCACUGCAAGCGCUGCGUCAUCGAGCACACCAACCCUGCCUUCUUCUGAAGGGACAGCUUUCUGCCGCCGCUGUUGUCAUACAAACAUGAACAGAACACAGUGUUUUUUAAAAGCAGCAUAUGUAAGCUCCCACACCCAGCCAUAACAGCCAUUUCUUCCAGGAAGGUUCCUAGGUUUUUAAUUUUCCUCAUUUCUCUGGGGCAACAGAGGUCAUGGGGAGCAAGCGGGGUGGUGGUAGGCCAGUUUCUAUCACAGCAAAGUGUUCCUGGUGAGGUCACUUGUAGGCAGUUUCUCUUCUAAUGAAAGAUGUUCCUCCGAAAGUUGAUUGCCGGAGCUUUAAAAACAAGCCUUUCUCUCUGUCUCUCUCCUCCUGGCCACACCUCUGGGGUUCUACACCCCUGUUCCCUGUACCCCACCCCUCCCUGUCCCACAGCGACAACACGUCAUCAGAGCAAAGAAUGCUUUCCAGACUGCCUCCUCUUUAAGCUGUUUGACUGGCCUGAGCCACACCCAGCAAGCCCACACCCACGCAAAUUCUUGUCGCGGCACCUGGGAUAGGCAAGAUGCUUGCAAACCUUUUCAAAGAAUCACCUGCAGCAAGCGGCAGUGGGGGAGGAGACCUACAUUCUCCCCCCAGCUCACUGCUAAUGACCUCUCUGGGCUUCAGCUGCCAGCACCCAGUCGGAGGCCAGGCAGCAGAGGAUUAAGCUGCAUGCCCAUUUUAGAACUGAGGGAACAGAGAUGUCCAUAAACAGAAGCACCCGAUGAAUAGAACACGCAAGGCAUCUACUUCUUCUAAGAGUAUCGAUUCAUUGGGUGCUUUCAGGAGAUUCAGAAGUGCCACAGCAGUGUCCUGUAUGUCCUUUGCCCCAAUCAGAGUAUGGCUCCAUCCCUGUCUGUUUUGGUGGGUGAGUCUGUGGGGCAUCUCCUCCUUGCCCGCUGAACAUGUGGCUUCUCUGCACAAGUGCUUCCGGCAUCACCCCCUCCCCCACACACCCCUUACACACACACACACAUACACACACACACACACACACACACACACCAUCAUAUUGAAGCAGGGGGAUUCCUAAUCACAACAAAAGGUCCCACCACCACCACCAAGUUGCUUUCUGCAUAUUUUCAAAUAGGAGGGAAGAGCCUCAAUGAUUUGUAAUUAACAAACAAGACCCAAGAGAACACAUGUCCUCAAAGGUUUUUCUACUCCUUUUCGUGUGCAUGUGGCACGCAUCAGGCACAUCUGCCCUGCAGCUGACAGGGGCAGAUGCCUCGGUUCUUUGUCAUUCAGAUCACAUUUGUACUUUUCUCAUCUAUUUAUUUCUUUGUGCAGCCAGACUUCAUCGCAUGGGGCCUGGUGGGGUUAAGUCAUAAGUGCUUAACUGUGCAGCUUGCCACCUCGUGGGCCUCCCCUGUGGCUGUCUGCAUGUUCUCUGUGCGCAAAUGCAGGGCAGACUUUCAGGUGUGCAAAUACUGUUCUCUCAGAAGGGAGAUCCAGACAAACGGAAAAGGAAACAUGUUGGUAGGACUUGGGCACUGGUCCACCAACCAGGCCCUCAGAAUUGAAUACUAAAAUCAUUGCAAAAUGUGAAUUUUAAGUGGCCCUAUGUGGUUAGAAAUCCAUUUGCUAAGUCUCAUUCAUGUGAAAUCAGGAUGCCAAAAGAAAUUCCAUUGCUCAUUAUGAAUUUAAUUGUCUUUUGUUAAUAAACACAUGACCUCUCCCAAAUCAUUCUCUGGCCACAAUCCUCCUUCAUCACUGUUUAAACAGUUCAUGCAUUUCUUUCUCAGAGGGUCCACCAUCCAAACCCUGACCCACCGCAUCUCCAAGCAAAGCACAUAGAGUUUAUUUCAGAUCAAGCUUACACACCACUUGACAACUGCCUUCCCACUGUAGGCUGCCUGUGUUCCUUUGUCUUCUGUUGGCAAGGAGGAGAUAGAGUGAGGUGGCAUCUGCCAGGAGGUUUUCUUCAUGCAUCAUGUGAAAUAUGACCUGCUCUCCCAUGAACAUCAGCAGCAACUUAAAUAAGUGCAGUCCAGGCUCUAUACCACGGGAGAGAAUGAAUCGUUUGGGGAAUAGUAUCUAGUGAUAGUCACAGGUUUGGAACCAUGGAAGGGUUAAAGGUAGCAUUCCCCUGCUCUCUUGUCACCCUCUCUAAAGUCUCAGAACUUGAGAGUCACAAAGGAUUGUCCCUUGGCGCCAGGGCCUUCCAACUGAGCUGGUUUAAUACUAACAGAAUGAGAAGGGAGAUCCUAAGUAGCCCCCGAAGCAAAGAAGAGCUGUCCCAGGAUACAUACCUUUAUCCCCACCACCAACUACAUCACUUAAACCUGUCUUCCCAGCAGGAGACGAAGCUGACUGCCACACUGAUUGCCCAGCACGCACUGUCUUUCCCAGUUUCUUCCUGUUCCCCAGUCUUCUCUUCAUCCAUUCUGCUUCUCCUUGGGGUGUGAAUUUAUGGCAGAGGUACUGGGGAAACAGCUCAGCAGAUUUUUUAGAGACCAAGCAAAAGUUCUCACUAGGAAAUUUAUCUGUUUUAAAACAUUGCUUCCUUCCUGCCUCUGCUAAAUUGAAUGCUCAUUGUUUGUUUGUUUAUUUUAAUUCUAAUGUUCAAAUCACUGCGUGCUGUAUGACUCUAGAAAGCCUUAAAUUACUACCACCAAGAAAUAAAGCAAUAUGUUGGUAA